GACAGGUCGUUCGGAAUACGGCAUCAUUUUAUUCUCGGUUUAAUUUCUCUCCGCGCCACUAGAUGUCGUUUCAGUCUUAAACAAAAUGACAUAACAGCAAAUAUAUCACAUUUGUUGCUCAAAAUGAAUCCGUUCUCGUUUUCGAACUGUUCCGGUGAGACAUUCAACUCGGUGGUGUCCUCCAGUCACUUAAUGUUGAACUUUAAUGCGUCAUUUAUGAAUGUUAAAAAAAACCAACAGGAAGUCCCGCCUUAACGUCCAUUUUUUUUAAAGAUAGGUCGAGCAUUGCAGCAUUAUUUUCACUUUGAGGUCAUUUAUUUCUCUAAAACACUUUCACCGAGUACAGAUUGUACACACAAAGCAAGGGAAUGUUUUAUCAUAUAUCAUUGGAACAUGAAACGUUACUUCACCCGAGGUAUUUUGGCCCCAACCUUCUUAACACCGUCAAGCAGAAGCUGUUCACUGAGGUGGAGGGGACUUGCACCGGAAAAUACGGUUUUGUCAUCGCAGUCACCACCAUCGACAACAUCGGGGCAGGUCUGAUCCAGCCGGGCAGAGGCUUUGUUUUGUAUCCAGUCAAAUACAAGGCAAUAGUGUUCCGGCCUUUUAAAGGGGAAGUGGUUGACGCGGUCGUGACUCAGGUCAACAAGGUUGGUUUGUUCACAGAAAUUGGACCCAUGUCUUGUUUCAUCUCCCGUCACUCCAUCCCCUCAGAAAUGGAGUUUGAUCCCAACUCUAACCCGCCAUGUUAUAAGACAGUUGAUGAGGAUAUCGUAAUCCAGCAAGAUGAUGAGAUCAGGCUUAAGAUUGUGGGAACGAGAGUGGACAAGAAUGAUAUUUUUGCUAUUGGCUCUCUCAUGGAUGACUAUUUAGGCCUCGUGAGCUGAUCAGCCAUGAAGUAUACACAUGUUUGUUUGGUUUUUUUAAUCAAAACCCCUUUAUUUUUUUAAAUUACAGUUUGUAGACUCUUAAAGUGUGUUUCAUCUAACUAAACAGUGACUUUUUAGGGGGUUUUGAGUAGGGAACUAUCUUCCUUUUACACCUUACUUUAUUAUAGUUUUCAUGUACAUGCGAACUUGGUAUUCGUCUAUUUUUGUGUAUGUCACGAUCAUAAUAAAAUGUUUUUGUUAAA